GAGGUCAAAGGAAAACGCACAUAGCCUCCGUCACCCAUUACAGACACCAAAAGAAGAAUCUAAAACAUUUUCUCUCGGAGACGAACGAUGGAGAGAGCUACACUUUCCCCUAAUCUUAAUCAAAGCUACCUGCUUUCUCCUUCACACGCCUCCACCACACGCCUCCACUCUUUCUCCUUCACUCGGAACUUAUCUCCAUCGUCUUCCUCCAUCAAGGUCAACUCUUUUUCUUCCUCUGUUUCUUCAAGUUUCGUCAAUGGCGGAGUCUCCCUUACUCGUUGCAGUGCGGUCCUGUCAAACUCUUCUUCCAGUAAGGGUGUUACUGAACUAGCCGACAUAGAUUGGGACAACAUCGGCUUCGGUAUUAAGCCCACUGAUCACAUGUACGUCAUGAAAUGUAACCUUGGUGGUGAGUUCUCAGAUGGCGAGUUGCAACGUUUUGGGAACAUUGAAGUCAGCCCAUCUGCUGGUGUACUCAACUACGGACAGGGAUUGUUCGAAGGGAUGAAAGCUUACAGAAAGCAAGACGGUAAGAGUAUCCUCCUCUUCCGUCCUGAAGAGAAUGCAAAGCGUAUGAGAAGUGGUGCUGAGAGGAUGUGUAUGCCUGCUCCUACCAUUGACCAGUUUGUCGAAGCUGUGAAAGCAACUGUGUUAGCAAACAAACGUUGGGUUCCACCUCCAGGUAAAGGUUCCUUGUACAUCAGACCGUUGCUAAUGGGAACUGGAGCUGUUCUUGGUCUUGCACCUGCACCAGAAUAUACUUUCCUUGUCUAUGUCUCUCCUGUUGGGAACUACUUCAAAGAAGGUGUGUCACCAAUCAAUUUGAUUGUGGAAAGUGAAUUCCACCGUGCGACACCUGGUGGUACCGGAGGUGUUAAAACCAUUGGCAAUUAUGCUGCAGUACUGAAAGCACAGGCUGUUGCGAAAGCCAAAGGAUAUUCAGAUGUUUUGUACCUUGAUUGCAUCUACAAAAGAUAUCUCGAGGAGGUCUCGUCUUGCAAUAUUUUCAUUGUGAAGGACAAUGUGGUCUCUACUCCUGAAAUAAGAGGAACCAUCUUACCAGGGAUCACGCGGAAAAGUAUAGUUGACGUUGCUCGUAGUCAAGGGUUUAAGGUGGAGGAGCGGAAUGUGACUGUGGAUGAGUUGCUAGAAGCGGACGAGGUUUUCUGCACUGGAACUGCUGUGGUUGUCUCUCCCGUUGGAAGCAUUACUUAUAAAGGCAAAAGAGUAUCUUACGGUGAAGGUAGCUUUGGACCUGUCUCGGAGAAACUCUACACCGUUCUGACAAGCUUGCAGAUGGGUCUGACCGAAGACAACAUGAAGUGGACUGUGAAUCUGAGUUAAAGAAAAACAGGCAAAGGCAUUUGUUAUAUCAAUAUUACUCUUUUAGUUUUUGUUAUCAUUUUCGUGAAGUCUUGUUUCGUAUUGGUGAAACUACAAGUUAAAAAAAGCUGGUCGAUCUUAAAAGUUGAGACCUUACAACUUAGCUACUUCAAGAUCAGCGGAUGUUAUCUUGUACCAAACCUGUAGUUAUGCUUUGUGUUUGAAGCCAAAAUAUAAAUAAAUUUCCGGUUCCUGUUUAAA